AUGGAAAAACGAGGAACUGGGUUUUGGAGUUUUGGAUUGGUAAAAACUGUCAGUCAGCUGAACACUUACCUUUGCCCACAAUGGACUCGAGUACGACUGCUUCCGAUGAGGAAGCACGAGGCAAGUAGCGGCUACGUGGAUGCGGAAGUGAAUGGUGCGAAAAUGAUCGAUAUCGACUUGAGUAAGACAGUUCGGAAUCUGAGUCCGACGAGUCAAACAUCGGAUUCAGAAAAACUUCGCCCAUACUCUCUUUUGGAGAAUACCUAUGUCGAGCUUACUGCCCUUGAGUUCGCACUUGAUUGA